UUAUACCCUACUCGCCCUAGACCCUAAUUCUUCUUGGCGGUCUCAAAACCCUAUAAAUCUUUUCCUCUUGAAUCCUCGGCACUCCCAAUUCAUUCUAGUUUGAGAGCUAUCCGCCAUAAUCAUGACUGCCGAAGCUGUGAACCCCAAAGCAUAUCCCUUGGCGGAUAGCCAGUUGUCGAUGACAAUUCUCGAUUUGGUUCAGCAAGCUGCCAAUUACAAGCAGCUCAAAAAGGGUGCUAAUGAAGCUACCAAGACUCUGAACAGAGGGAUUUCUGAGUUCGUUGUUAUGGCUGCUGAUACUGAGCCCCUUGAGAUUCUUCUUCAUCUCCCACUUCUUGCUGAGGAUAAGAAUGUGCCGUAUGUGUUUGUUCCAUCUAAGCAAGCUCUUGGUCGGGCGUGUGGAGUUACAAGACCAGUGAUUGCCUGUUCUGUGACUAGCAAUGAGGGAAGCCAGUUGAAAUCUCAAAUUCAGCAACUGAAGGAUGCAAUUGAGAAGCUCCUGAUCUGAUUGCGUAAAGCCUUAUCCAGCAUGAUGGGCCUCUGGAGCAACUCUUGCUGAGGCUUUGACUGAGUGAGUUUGGGAUUGUCUUGCCGUUGUUUUGCUUAUCUCUUGCCUGUCUGUAACCUAAUUCAUACGAUUACUUAUGUACUAUUGCCACACUAUAGUCAUGAAAACUUGUUUUUUGGUCUCUUGUUAUGAGGAUUGCCCUUUGAUAUUGAGUAAAAUUUGCCCUGUGGUUUUUUGGUA